UGCUUUUCCAGCUGGCCGGCAGCAAAGAAAAGCAGCGUCUCUUUCAAAUAUGGUCAUAGGGGCCGCCGGGAACCGGAGGGAAGGCAAACAAGCCUCCCUUCCAUUCCUUUCCCCAGAAAACAAACGCGCGCCCUGGGUGCCUCCGUUUGGCGCCUCUUUUCUCCCUUCUGCUGAGCGCGCCGGAGCUCGCCCUCGACCCGCGGCGACCAAGCAAAGCCGGGGCGGCGGCAGCAGCAGCAGCAGGUCCAGCAAAAGUUGACCACCUGCCGUAAACAACCCCCAAGCUGGGCAGCGGGACCUCCCCACACGGAUAGUUGGCGGCGACCCCAGCGAAGCAAGCAGGCGAGGCUGGCCAGAGGCAGGACUUGAGGGCGCAGCGCCUUAGCCAAGCCUUAUUUAUUAACUCUCUACGGUGGGUGGUGGGUGGGAGGGGUCCCUUGGAGCUGACAGUCUCCACAUGGGACAGCGGGGAAGGCGUUCCCACAAUGCCCCACGACCAAUCCUAGACAGUUGCCAUAAAUGUGGGUUGGGGGCUUUUCUUGCCACCGCUGCUUCUUGACAGCCGGGGACCUCCUACUCCUCCUACCUGCUUGCCUUUGUUUUCGGCUUCCAAAGCGCUCCUCGGCUGCGCCACCUGGCAAUUGCUUUGGAAAGCAGUGAUGGCAUUGACUGGACAGGAGGAAUAUACCUAUCUAUAUAAGGACCUCUCUCAUCCUGUGGAGUUCUUAGAAGCCUUCAGAACAUUCUACCGGGAUGGUUUAUUCACAGAUAUUACUCUUCAGUGCACUUCGGGUGUGAUUUUCCAUUGCCAUAAGGCUGUGCUGGCUGCUUGUAGUAACUACUUUAAGGCUAUGUUCACUUCUGACAUGAAAGAAAAGUCUAAGAACCAGAUCAAGCUUUCUGGGCUCAGUCCCACCAUUCUUGAAUCCCUGGUGGUCUAUAUAUACACGUCGGAGAUUCAGAUAACAAAAACAAAUGUUCAGAGCCUCCUUCAAGCUGCAGAUCUCCUUCAGUUUACCUCAGUAAAGAAAGCCUGUGAACGGUUUCUGAUAAGGCACUUAGAUGUUGUCAACUGCCUAGGGAUGCACUCCUUUGCAGAGUACCAUGUCUGCUCAGAGCUAGAGAAGGAGUCUAGAAGAAUAUUACUAUCUCGGUUUGAAGAAGUGUGCAGGCAGGAAGAGUUUCUGGAAAUCAGCGGCGAGAAACUUCAGUUCAUUCUCUCCAGAAAGAAUCUCAGCAUUUGGAAAAAAGAUGCAGCGAUAGAGCCAGUUGUUAAGUGGAUAUCUUAUGAUAUGGACAAAAGAACUGAGUACAUUUAUGAUUUGCUGAGCUGUCUUGAAAUGGCUUUAGACAAAAUGUAUUUGAUGUCAGCCUUAAGCUUGCACAAGAAAUGCCAGUUAAAUGAAAACAAGAUCAGGUCUCUAAUAGACAAUGCACUAAGCUAUAACCCCAAAACACCCUCUGUAAGGUCGACAGCUGUUCUGUAUGUGAUUGGAGGAUAUUACUGGCAUCCUUUAUCUGAAGUGCAUAUAUGGGAUCCUAUCACCAACACGUGGAUCCAAGGUGCAGAUAUGCCGGACCACGCAAGGGAAAGCUAUGCAGUCACUGGUUUGGGACCCAACAUUUAUGUAACGGGGGGUUAUAGAACAGACAAUAUAGAAGCCCUUGAUAUAGUGUGGAUAUACAACUGUGAAGCCGACGAGUGGAGUGAAGGCUGUCCUAUGCUUAAUGCAAGAUACUACCACUGUGCAGUUACCUUGAAUGGCUGCAUCUAUGCUUUAGGGGGUUACAGAAAAGGAGCUCCAACUGAAGAAGCAGAAUUUUAUGAUCCUUUAAAAAUGAAAUGGGUCCCCAUUGCAGACAUGAUCAAAGGGGUUGGAAAUGCCACUGCUUGUGUCCUGAAUGAAGUAAUCUAUGUAAUCGGAGGUCACUAUGGUUACCGGGGAAGCUGCACUUAUGACAAAGUCCAGAGGUAUUGUUCGGACAUUAAUGAAUGGAGCAUAGUAACCACUGCCCCAAAUCCAGAAUAUGGAUUGUGUUCCAUUGCCCUGGAAAACAAGCUCUAUCUUGUGGGUGGACAAACCACAAUCACAGAUUGUUAUGAUCCAGAACAAAAGAAAUGGAAACAGAAGGCUGAUAUGAUAGAAAGAAGGAUGGAAUGUGGAUCCGUAGUCAUGAAUGGCUUCAUCUACAUAACAGGAGGAUACUCAUCUUCUAAAGGAUCGUAUUUGCAAAAUAUUGAGAAAUAUGAUCCUGAAUGUGAUAAAUGGGAAAUUGUGGGCAGCCUUCCCAGUGCAAUGCGUUCACAUGGUUGCGUAUGUGUGUACAACGUGUAACAGGAAGGGCAGACCACUUUUCUGACAAAAAAACUCCUAAAUGUCAUGGAAAUUAUAGAAUUGGAAGAAGAUGACCCUCUAAUGGUGGGAUUUUGCCUAUUCAUUAUGUUACACCAUCCACUUCGAUUUCUGCUGGUGUUUACAGUUUCAAAAGGAAAGCAGCCCUUGAAUCUCUAAUAUUCUGUGAUCAAUCUGCCAUCUUUUUGCACUAAGUACAAACUAACCUAUCAGGCCUGCACACACCGCUCCCAUGGAAGUAUAAACUGAAGACUUGGGCAUUUCACCAUGCUGAGUAAUAAGUGUUUGUUCUCUCUCUCACUCUCACACACACUAUAUAUGAGCUUUGGUGAAAUUAAACGUUUGCAUGUUACUUUCACAGCCCAAUCCACAGCCGGUGGCCAAGGAAUAUUUUGGUGACACAGGGAGGCAAAAUACAAAAAAACCCCUCCCCCCCACCAGAAAGCCCUUCAUUGGGCUCAACGAGUUUACACCAUCCAAAAGGGCAGCAUAAAUCAGCCCAUGCACCAGGCCAUUGCGUAUCUGGAGGCAAAGCUGGGGUGGAACCCAACUAAGGUCUCUUCUACCCCUGCCCAUGCCUCUGAAACCCCUACUGUGCCAGUGGGAUUGACAAUGGCAUGAUGGGUGUCUCAGGAUCACCAACUGUUGAAUUUGCACCACCCCUGGGGUAAGUGCUCUGGGGAGUGCAUUUCUGCUGGCAUAGGGCUGUACCACCUCCCAAUGGCGAUUCGGCACCUUCUCUGGAUUGGCCAGUAAAUGAUCUAGCAAAAGUAUUAUGCUGCUUGGAUUUUUUGUACUAUUUCAUUGCAAUAUAUGGAAAACGUGAAUAAAACAGCAAUUCAGCAAUAAAUGAAGAACAGGUAGUAACAGUGACAAUGACUGUCCCAUGUAGUUUUCUAAUGGACUCUUAUGGUUGCCAGUGAUUGUUGUCUAAUACAAUGUGGGUUGUAUUGCUCCACUUAAGUAAGGCCAGUAGAUAUGCGCUUUACAUGCUGUUCUCUACAUAUGAAUUUUAAAUGCAGCUAUCAGGAUACCAUUGUCUGUAAGUGCAUCGUAGCAGUGUAUAGGUCACUUUACAGUAGGAAGUGAGGCAAUUACAUGACCUUGGUCUUAAUAGGGUAGAAAUUUCUGUUCGUAGUCUGAAUAAAUGGCCUACUGCAGAUGAAACAUGGAAGAUAAACCAAGAUAAACAUAAACAUAGUUGCAUAGUUCGGCAUUUUCCAAACAAAUUUCAGACUGGGCUUAAUAGGCUAUUUGUGAGCCAUUUUGCUGAUAAUUUCACAUUGAGAAAUGACUUAUUUUAGUUUUUAAUCAACAAAGUAAAUUAUGACAGAGGCCUUAAAAGUAAAAUAUUGUGUUCUUUUAGUUUGCCUAUUUUGAAUGAAGGAGUUUAUCUAUUUCUAAGUUUAUUUAUUUACCUACUUGAAGUGGCUCUGUGGCAUACAGAACAGGCAACUGAGGGAACUCUGGGGAUUUUGUGGGGUGUGGGGAAUGGGCAUCAGGGAGGGUUGAUUUCUUUGUGGUCUGGUGUGAUUAGAGCGCUAGGCAAGGAUCAUCACGUGACGCCUGUGCAUAUUUCACAAGUUAAGCCCAAAUAUGACCAACCUAAAUCAUUAAUAAUUUAAAAGCAAACAACAGUGUGCCUUGGGGCCCUAGCGAUGGAAAGUGUACAAUUAUAAGAACACUUUCCUGGGAAUAAACCUCAUUGAAUGGUAGGCUUCUGAGUAGACGGUUAGGAUUGCUUUCGAAGGCGCAGUCCCAUGCAGAGUCUGCAACCUGCAGCUCUCCAUAUGUUUGUGGACUACAAAUCCCAUCAGCCCCUGCCAGCAUGGCGAAUUGGGGUUUGUAGUCCACGAACAUCUGGAGAGCCGCAGGUUGCAGACCCCUAAGCUGACUGAUUUUAAUAGUUUUGUAUGGGAUUUCACUGUAAAUGCAGUACAGGAUAUGGAAGUAAAACACUGAGAUUAAAAGGAUCUGCAAAACGCUUGGAAAGAUUUAACAGUUGAAGGGCAGGGUAAAUGCAUUUUAAAAAUUUAAAUGUAUAAUAACAAUAAAUACCUCAUAGGAGGUAACUAAACACCAAUUACUAUGAAUUCAACAAAUGCUGACAUUGUAGCAAAAUUCCUCUGGGUAUAGAGGAUGAACAGAACAGUGAUAUCUAGAUUGUUUCCUAUUGCCAAACAUGCUGCAUCAGCAUGAGGAUUCCUAGGAAGAGAUAUCAAUAUUACUGAUCAGUGAAAUAGAACAUUUAUGUAAACCUUUACAAUUGGCAUGCCACUGUUACAAUCAUGACUCCCUUUGAGUUCCGUCUUAAAACUACAUUUUAAAAAUGUCUUACCUCUAAACUUGGGAAUGUUAUGUACAGUUUUCACAUUUUUAUAUUGCUGUGGUUGGGAUGAUUUGUUGUUAUUUAACUUUAAUUUAUAAUAAAUGUGCCACACAAUGAGCAA